GUUCUCACGCCUUUUGUUUGCACCUAUUUCUCAUUUAGCAUGUAAAGCGACAGCAAUAGCAAAUAGGGUAGAAAUAGACGAAGAGCUGUUUCUCAAACUGUAGAUUUCAACAGUGUUGUUUGACACUGAAGAAACGAAAGAGAUUUGCAACAGUGAAAUGCAUCCCUCAGUGAAAACGGAACGGUACGGAAACAUGCACGUUUUCAACGAUGAAAUGAACAUCUGUUCGUCAAGUGACGAUGGGAAGAAAAAGCCACUUCCUAAAUUCAGCAGUUUCGUCGGAGCGGCCGACAUUGAGGAACGCCCGUCCUCUACUAUGGAUGUUGUGUCCCUGAUCGGAAAACGGCGUCCUAUCAAGAUACAUAUUGGCUGGAUGCACAAGGUCGGAGACAAGUACCGCCAAGUCAGACGCAAAUAUGGCGGUGGCACAAGGGAGCUCAUUCUAGACAACUUGAACAUAUAUCCGGCGGAUAUAGUUCAAAGGGCCAUUACUCUCUUCUUCCCAGGGGGCGCUUCACAGGUCGUCAGUGUGGACGAAGUGGAAUCGUUUGCGUUGGGUAACUUUUGUGGCGAAGAACUUCUUCGAUUCAAUGACGACGGUGGGAAUGAGUGUUCUUUAGGACAAUAUCUCAAAGCUCAAGGAACAUACGCGUCCAGGUGCUAUAUUUAUCUAUUGACAAAAAAGAAAGCCACGCGAACUGUUCAUGCGGUAGCAAGGGACGCUCCAUCCCGUCGUAGACGCAAUCCAAAAUCUGCCUUUCAGUCGUCAGAGCCAGGAGUGCGGCAUCCUUACGAAUCAGAUCUGUAUCAUCAACCCAAAGAAUGCAAACAGUCACAGAGCUCUGUCUGUCUGACAUCUGGGAUGAUUCCAAACAGCCAUGACACCCAGACAUCCCGACUUCUGCCUACCGAUAAGCUUGGAUUCAUCCUGGAGGACAAAUCUGGGUUGGAGAUCAGAUACACCUUUGAUCCCUCGUCACCUUUCGCUGACCUCGUGCCAGUGGAUCAGAAUUUACAUGGCAAGACUGUCUGGGACUUCUCGCGAUUUCGAUUCCCAAAUAUCAGUGAUGCCCACUUUGAACCCACGGAUCACGAGUUCGUUGUGAAGAGGAUACAGAAAAAGAGACAUGUAUUUGUGAACACGGAACUGGCUGUCGAAUCUGGAAAGACUGUAUUUAUAUUCCCCAUGGAGUCUCCUUCUUCUGGGUUCAUUGUACAUCAUCCUUCCGAGUUGUGGGGGUACGACAGAGAUCAAAUUGUCCUUGGCGUUAUUGCCAGUUGCCAUGGUCUUUCCAAACCGAAGUACUCCUGGUACAGGGACGAAGCUGUAUAUAAGGAAGGUUUGAACCUCUGCUGUAUUACCGUAAACAUGCCUGGCGUUUACUACUGCAGGAUCGAAUUUGGGAGCUGCUAUGAUAUCUCUCAUCCACUGCACAUCGUAGAGUUUAGUGACUGUUCAUUCAAGAGACCAAAGCUUGAGAUGGCGCCUACAGAUGUUAACGCAAACUGUUGUCAAGAUGUUGCUGAUGCAAAUAAUUUGCCAUCCCGAAUUAUUCCGUCAGUUAACAGAGAGCACUUAGACGUUGAUUUCACCGGAAAUGUUUGCAGUGGUACAUAUGGUACGGUGUAUCGGGGUAGCUGGCUGGCCACGGACGUGCAUGUGGAAAUUGUCAGCCUCACAGACAUGGAUGGAGACGACUUCGUGCAGUGUAUUCGUGAAGUGAACAGCCGAAUACGCCAUCCAAAUAUACUGUGUCUUAUGGCGUGUGUCGAAAACGACAAAACCUUGAUGCUUCUCUCGGAAUAUCACGAAGGUGCGACGCUGGAAGCGGUAACGUUCAGUGCAGAGACUAGGCAAUAUAUGUGCCUCGACACCUUCCAUAAACACAUCGUUGCUAAGCAGUGUUGCCAAGCAUUGGUCUACCUUCACGCGCUUUCGCCUCCCAUCAUGCACCGCAGUAUACAUCCGGGUAGUGUGUGGGUAUUGAACGAGGGUGCAACUGCAAAGCUCAGCAGUCCGCAUGUGUCACAGGGUACGACUAGGAGCAAUGAUGAGAUGGCGCUGUAUCUGCCUCCUGAAGUAUUGGUUUCUCAACAGGAUGGGGACCUGGCUGCUGACAUUUGGGGGAUGGGUGCAACCCUCACAGAGAUGUUCACGGAGAGUCGGCUCUGGGGUAAGCUCAUGCAGCAUCCCGCACCGAUUGAUGUUGUAACGAAACAGUUGGAAUUUGGUCAAAGUCCUGUGUCUUUACAGUCUUUGGACAUGCACAGGGAGAUUAUUACUGCCUGCUUGAAUAUGGAUCCGUCACUGAGGCCUUCUGCCAUGCAGUUGCUGUCUUACCUCAAAGAAUAGCCAUGUAUAUAUAUGACAAUAUAUACGGUUCUAUUACCAUCUUUCAAUUUGUGGUCAUAUUGAACAAUUGUGAAGAAACACUAUUAAAAUGACGCAAGAACAUGGGUGUCCUAGUCAUCAUGGUUACUGCAAUCUGCCGUGCAGAGUUACGUCCCUUAGGAGUGCCAGGAAGUUAUGAUCGUAUGUUCUAAUCUCAGUUCAUCAUAUUUUGUUCCAAGGU